CGCUUGAUGCUUCAGGCCUACCAUUCAAUUCUGAGUACCACAGUUGAAAUACACUCCUCCAGACUUAGUGUAGUUGUAGAUGUGUAAUACAUCUGCUGAAAUAAAACAGAGACCAAUAAAAGAGAAAACACACAGCUGUUUGGCUACUAAUAACCAUGCCGUGGUAUAAGAAAGGUUUAGUUUUAUUGUAGUACAGUAUCCAGUUGUUGCGUGUAGACCGUGCAGACUGCGCUCCUGGCUGCCGUCCAGGCAGGGUAGCUGAUACAGGACCUUUUCACUUUAGAAGCGUUUUGGUUGAAGACAGAGGCUGAGCUUGUGCUGGGGAGUGGCGUCAAUGGACUGAAGGAUCUGCACUUGUGCAUUUGAUUUUAAAUAACUCUGCUCUGGCACUUGAAAUAUUCGCGCUGCAAACGUAGUUCUUUGAAGACAAUCAGUUGGCAAGCACGGUGGAUUUCUUUACAACCUCUGCUAAUCCCCACACAGCUCAGGAGAACUGAAAGUUCACUGGGCGUCCUCCAAUCACACGACCAAGCCAGCUUCCUCUUUUACACCAAGGAACUUGAGAGCGGAUGUCAGCGAGCUACCGGCUUUUGCAUCAUAAAGGCCAGCCCUGCAGGUGGCUGCCUGAGCUCACUAGGCGCCUGGUCAAAAGAGUCUGCUGUAGCGAGAUGAGGAGAAGCAGUCCCUGACGGUUUUGCCUUCCUAACCCACAGGAGUACCAGAGCCAAUGCAACGCUCUCUUUUUAGUCCCCAGAGAAGACCAGCGAAUUCGCACAGCCAGGACGCAAACCUGUACUCCCCUGUGACUCGCCCUGCACACCACAUGGCUGUGCUUUUAUCAGGUUUCAAUAAGCUGGUCUCAGCUGAGAUGCCAGAUAAAGAACUACAGGGUACAGAGUCCAUAUCCAGGAAUGAAGAUGAUUACCAUCUCCCUCCAGAUGCCCUGCCCCCCCUACCAGAGGUCCCGGAUGGUCGGACAGCACUGAGCACUGUUCCUUUGGGGCGCUUUCAUUCAGAGAAGAGAACUUUUCGAUACUGCAGUGUUCGAAGCAUGGACUCCUCAGACAGUGACCGGCCUGUGAGCUACAGCUCCACCUCCUCCUCGGCCUCCUCCCGUGACAGCCACUGUUCCCUGGGCAGCCGCACCACCCUGGUCUCCAACAGCCGCCUGGGCCUGGGCCCUGCUCUGCAGGAUCGGGAUGUGGGAGCAAUCCGACUAGAGCUGGUCCCUGCCAGGCAGCUGGACUGUAGAGAGAGGCAGGGGAGCCAGGUUGAAGGGACAGUGGAGGAUGAGAAGAGGCUGAGCGGUGUGAAGAGAACCGACAGCAAGGGAUCCGGAAAACACAAUGCAACAUCGACACCGGCCGUCGAGCCAGCCAGUCCCAAGCUCCUUUACGUGGACAGAGUGGUCCAAGAAAUCCUUGACACAGAAAGGACCUACGUACAAGACUUGCAGAGCAUUGUGCAGGAUUACCUUGACUGCAUCACUGACCAAUCCCGGCUUGCUCUGGGGACAGAGGAAAGGUCAGAGCUCUUUGGCAACAUUCGUGAUAUCUAUCAUUUCAACAGUGAGCUCCUUCAAGACCUGGAGAACUGCCAUGCUGAUCCUGUAGCCAUAGCAGAGUGUUUUGUUGCAAAGAGUGAAGAUUUCCACAUUUAUACCCAAUACUGCACAAACUACCCAAGAUCAGUAGCUGUGCUGACAGAAUGCAUGAGGAACAAGGCACUGUCCAAGUUUUUCCGGGAGCGACAAGAAGCUCUGCAGCACUCGCUCCCACUCGGCUCCUACCUGCUCAAGCCAGUCCAGAGAAUCCUAAAGUACCACCUCCUCUUGCAUGAAAUAGCAAACCACCUGGACAAAGACACUGAGGCUUAUGAUGUAGUUCUGGACGCCAUUGACACAAUGCAAAGGGUUGCGUGGCACAUAAAUGAUAUGAAGAGAAAACACGAACAUGCAGUGAGGUUACAGGAGAUACAGAGUUUACUUACCAACUGGAAAGGUCCGGACUUGAUUAGCUACGGGGAGCUGGUUUUAGAAGGAACAUUUCGCAUCCAGCGUGCCAAGAAUGAACGCACUUUGUUUCUAUUUGAUAAACUUCUGCUUAUUACUAAGAAAAGAGAAGAAUCCUAUGCAUACAAAGCUCACAUUUUGUGUUGUAAUUUAAUGCUGGUGGAAGUCAUACCAAAGGAACCACUUAGCUUUAGUGUCUUCCAUUACAAGAACCCCAAACUUCAGCACACUGUACAGGCCAGAUCCCAACAGGACAAACGACUCUGGAUUCUUUAUUUAAAAAGACUAAUACUUGAAAACCACCCAGCUAAGAUACCAGCCAAGGCUAAGCAAGCCAUUCUGGAGAUGGAUGCUGCUCAUCACCCAGGUUUCCAUUAUAGCCCAGACGGUGAAAAGAAAGCGGCUUUAAACUCUAAAGAAGGUGGCAAUCCUCGGAGGGUGAGGAGGAAGUCAGAACCGUCUGCUCGCUUACAAAGAGGUUCAAAACAAAAUGAAAUAAGUUCUGAUGUCCAAAAGCGGAUCAGUGUGGAAGGGUCUCUCCUGUCUCAGGCUGCUAAGUUGGGCUCGACUGAAGAUCUCCUGAACUCCAGUGGCAGGGAGGGCAGCCCAGUGAAUCAGUCCCGGGAGUCCCUGGACCCCGCUUACCCCAGCGAUCCAGAUGAGAGACUUCGCAUGCAUGCUGGGGAGCAGGCUGACGCUGAUGAUGAGGACGAUACUGAGCAGGGUGUUGAGCUGAACUCCAAAACUCAAACGAAAGGAGGCAGGAAAAGGCUCAACAGCCAGGCUUCAGAGAACGUUGAAAAGAGAAGAAGUCUUAAUGUUGGCACUCAUAAUUUGCAGACAUCUAAAGAAUCCAAGGACACUGGGCACUCGGGCAAUAACAAUAGCACUACCAACUCUGCGCGCCACCCUGCCAGGCAGUCAGGCACCCAGAGCAACUCAGACUUGAACGUUGUUCUGGGAGGUCCUCAGGCCGUCCGAAACAUCUGGACUGAUCAUCAGAUCAGACAGGCGUUAUUUUCAAGCCAACAACCUGCCCAUCAAACUGAAGAGGAGGAGGACAUCUACCAGAUGUUUGUGCCUUCCGUCUCCUCCCCCAAUCGCAACGUCACCAGAGUUAAAGAAGGGAACCGAGGUCCUGGAAGGCCAUGCAGUUGGCAUGUUGGACAACCUGAACAAAAGACACCUGAAGCCAACCGUAAGGUUAUUAGAAGGGCAAGCAGCGUUGGGGAGCAAAACUCUGAUUUCAAACCGACCAUAUGUGAUGGUAACAAGCCAAAAGCACAAGACAAUAGCCUGCAAGUGGAUGAGCCCAGCAGAGUUUCUACUUCAGAGUCCUCAGAUCAGCUCACCAUUGAUGACAUUGAGAAUAUCUAUGACAACAUCAGUUAUGAGGACAUGAAAUCAAUGGGCCUCAUUCGAAGAGAGCGGGAUUGCAUGCAUAUUCCCCAGGGAGCAGUGGCAGAGAAAACCAAUUCAGGUGUGACCUUUACAGAAAGGCCAGUCAGUCACAAUGAGAACUCUGGGAGUACUGACCUGUCUCUUCUAUCUGAUACCUAUAAAGCCAAAGCUCAGAAUUCAGAUUCUUUUGGUUCUUGUGAGCUAAAAAUUGUUGAGGAGAACAUAUAUGACACAAUAGGGGUUUCAGACCCACCCUUGGAAACAUACAAGAGUGACACGAGCAAACGGGACAGCUUCUUUGGUCUCGAGGCAGACUUUGCUUGCUGUGAUAGCCUGGAAGGGUUCAUCUCUGAAGAGAGCCUGCAGUUUAGCGAGGACGAUACUUCUGACCACCGGGUUCCUGAGGACCGAGACCUUUUGGGCUGGGUGGAUAGCUCCUCCAAUUCUGAUUCUCUUUCCCACAGGUCGGUAGCAGAUAAGCUGUCUGAAGAGGUUGAUGAGAUAUGGAAUGACCUGGAAAGCUACAUCAAGAAAAAUGAGAAGAAGCCAGAACACCUCCCAGCUGCUUUCCCUGUUAGCAAGCAUGACGUGCAGGAGGAGACUCAUGCUAAAAGUGUACCUGAUACCCAUAGAGAAGAGGUACAUAGAGAAGCUGAGUACUCUGCUUCUACUUUUUCUAUUCCUGAGAACACUGGUUUCACCAAGACUGUUAAAAAGAAGCUAGCGAGGCUCAGCACUGGCAGCUUUAGGUUUGAUGAAUGUGACUCGCACAAGGACAGGUCUAGUUUCAGUAGAUCCUCAUUCACCAGUGAGUUAGGGAAUCUGGAGAGCUCUCAAACCUCCACGAACAGCAUUCUCUCCAACACCAGCUCAGAAAGUUCAGAACUGGGAGUGGACAUUGUGGAUAAAACAAAGAACAGGGUUUUCAUGAUGGCAAGACAGUAUAGCCAGAAGAUCAAAAAGGCCAAUCAGAUGUUAAAGAUGAGAAGCCCAGAUCAGGAGAAUGCACCCGGCAAGCCAAAAUCAAGGCAAAAGGAUCUUGCAGCCAUCCUGGAGGAGAAGAAACAAGGAGGUCCUGCAAUAGGUGCCAGAAUUGCAGAAUAUACUCAUCUAUAUGACCAGAUUGUGUUUAGAGAUACUCCCCCCAGAGCCCAGAAGAUUGGGGGAGACAAUACUAGUGAAUCUUUGGUUCAGAACACUCCACAGUCCCAGUUGACGUCUCAGCGCUAUUCUCAGUUAGGUUCGGACAGUAACUGUCUCGAUGAGGAUUGGCUGCAUGCUACUUACAGUAACAGAGAGCUGUCUGAUUUCAUCUCGUGGCCUGACGAACCAGUACUCUCCCAUGAGGACCGGUCAGAUGCUGCCCAGCGGAAAUUGUCCCAGGCCUGCUCUGUCCCAGCUCUUAAGUCAGUUACACACCCACAUGCCCCCACUCAAAGGUGGAGCGCCUUCAUAAGCCAGCCCAAUAAAGAAAACUUUGACCAGGAACAUGUUUACAAUUCUUUGGGUAGGAGACCAGCCUCUGCCAAAUCAAACCCUUACAACUGGUGUCAGUCCUCAUCCUCUGUCAUGGUAAACAACAGAACAGUGGAAUCUACAAUUCACCAGAAUCAAAGGGACAGGAAUCCAGUUACCCUAAAUAGAAAUUCAGUCGAGGACAGGCACCAUAAUUCUAUCCUGAGCCACAAAAGUGAGCAUAUGGCCACCCAUGAAGAGCAGCGACAAAGUGUUGCCAAGCAAACAUCAGAGGACCACUCGGAUAUGAUUCUUCAGGACUCCCAGAAGGUCCUAGUGGUGAGCAGAAACUCACUGCUCAAUGCACACAUUGCCACUCAGAACUAUUUUGCCAAUUUUAAAGACGCAGACGAUGACGAUGAGGACUAUGUGGAGAUUAAGUCUGAGGAUGAAGAGCAGGACCUGGCCUCAGAACGGAGCUUGAAUGGGGGAUUGGCAUCCAGCCUGAAAGAACCCUGCAGCAGGAGACUCUCAUUCAGUACUCCCUGCUCACCGGUGAAGACUUUACACAGCAACAUCGGCCCUGGUGUCUCGUUGAUUGACUUUACCGAACAAGAUAAACUCAAUGAAUACCUUUGGAGAGUACCCCCGGAAAACCAACAAAACAUAGUGCAGUCUCUGCGACAGAAAUUUCACUGUCUGAGCUCCAGCAGUUUUGCUUCAGCCUCCUAAAUUUAUAUUGCGAGCACAUGUUAUCUGCAUAUUUAUAUACACACAUAUUUAUGCAAUCCUAACUCCACUUAACUUUUUUCUGCAGGUAGUACAGUGUUAGUCAGGAAGUGGCAUUUUACUUAAACUCCAGCAAUAACCUAAAAUGUGCUUUCGUACUUGUGUUAAAAACCAUAUAUGUAUAUUUAUGGAAACUAAAAUCUAAGGGGCAAAGGUUGGUGAACAGGAAAGAAAUCACCUGUUUUUUUUUAGUUUUAGUUUUUUUUUAAUUGUUCAGACAGUAUUUUUUCAUAGGCCUAGGUAGCUUCAACAGUAACCCAAAUCUGGAAUUUUUAUUAACCUUAUUUAGCAAGUUACAAACUGACCAGAAUUAAAGUGAAGUCACAAUUGCAAUAUGUACUGUAACUGUUUUCCUUUUUUUUGUAAUGUCAAUAUCCCAUAUCAUUGAUUCUUGGUAACAUGGUCCAAUGGAAAUUAGUUCAUGUACUUAUGGCAGGUUUAUCAGUUCCCAGGUUUAUCAAAAGUUACAUUUACUUCUUACCAAUUUAUACCAACAAAAACAAUAAUAAAAGCAAAAAUAAUAAAUGGGAUUUUUAUUAAAUUGCCCAAACUUUUAGUACACACAGUAGUUACCUGCAUAUCAGCAUCAACCUAGAUAACUAGUACAACAAUGUUAGUAUAUAUAAACAAUGGGUCUCGUAGUACUGUAAUUUUAAAUUGCAUUUAAAUAAACACAAAAACCUGCAUCUUAGUUUCAUACCAACAUUUAUCGGUCUCCAAAUAUUUACAAAUGGAGUUUCUUUGUGUGUUGCUCUCAUGUAAUUUAACUGCAGUUUGAUACCUUUAAGGACAGUGCAUGCGUAUAUUUAUUACCACUUUCUAACAUUGACAUUGUAGAGGUGCCUCAAUAGUUUCCUAUUUCACAGAAAUGCACAAAUCUUGCUUCUGCUUUAGCUUGAACACCAAUUGGAUUUUUAAGGGGUUAUGCUUUAUGAAGAACACAGUUGCAAAUAAAUGGUGUAAAUGAUUUAUUCAGUAAUGGUUCAUAUUUCUUUCAAACCUUCCAUCUAUGUUUUUGAAAUGUAGAAAUAACUAUAUGUAACAUAUCAUGUGUUGUUUAAAUAAUAAGCUGCAUACACUGUAGUAGACACAACUAAUUUACAGCAAGCGUCCUGUAUAUAUUUUCAAAUGUAACACGUCUUAUUUCUAGAAGGGGCCAUGUAAGACCAGACUAGGAUAUAAUGGUUGGUACUGAUAAACACAUGCAAACUGUAGUGCUUCAGGAAUAGAUUGCUCUUUUGAAGGAGCAACUGAAAACAAGAAUGCUCUGUAGCAAUGGUUCUUAAUGAAAGCAGGGUCAACUUUCAUACCAACAGCAAUAGUUAGCCAGUUUACCCAAUGCCAGAUUAGCAGCACUGUGUGGACAAUUGUAUAGAACUCUGUAGCAAGAAAGCUGCCAAGGAUACAUUUUAAUACUGUUGACUUUCUGUUCAUUUCCCAAAAAUGUAAUUUGUAAGAAUUUUUUAUUAGUAUUUUUAUUUGAAGCACAUCAUGUUAAUUUGUUAUUUAUUUCAACAAUCAGAACAUCUGGAAGAUUGCUCUUAACUUGAAAUCACAAGAAGAUUUUUUUUUUUUUUUUUCUAUCUGGCCUUUUUUGUUUUUCUUUUCUUGUCAUUUUUGCUGUUGGCUUAAAUAUCCUUGCAUCUACUGUGAAUGAUUUUUAAAAAAUGUUGGUGAAAGACAAAAGGUUUCAAACACUGUUUAACAAGCUUAUAGUUACAAAGAGAAGCACAACGUUUUGGACUGUAUCCAAGCUGUUAGGUAAUACAUGACAUUAUAUAUGUGAAUAUAUUUGAAAAUGAAGUACGUGUUUUAUUUUGUAUGUUGCUGUUAGAUUUUUUUUUCCCCCGCAGACUGGGAUUGUAAAAGUCUUGUCUAUGGAGAAGAGAUUAACUUUGUUGCACUUUUUUUUUACAUUUGUUUUGUACAGAUAUUUGUAAAGUUUAGGGAAAUUGUAAUAUUGUAAUGCUUAUAGUUUGUUUGCUUUUGCUUUGCUUUAAAGCUGUCGUUCAACUAUUCUGCCAACUAAAGGAAAUUAUUUGUUUUUGAUGGUGUAAGUUGUGUUGCUUAGAAAAAAUUGCUGUAUAUGUAUAAGAAACUUAAUAAAAUGCAAUACGUGUUAAGAAUA